UUGAAGGAGGUUCUCCCUACCCGGUCCCCUCUGCGUGCCUAAAACUUUCUAAUGAAAUCCCCAAACACUUUUUGACAAACAUUAUUUUUUUUCUCUAGGGUUCAAGAGGUUUUUUCGACAUAUUAAUCAGCGUUUUUUUUUAACUGAAAAGAAAACUUCAGAAUAUGGAGCCCAGUUCCACAGAGGGAGGAGCUGAAGAGACGCUCCUUAAAAAUCAUCCGCCAAGUCCUCCUCACAAAGUGAUACUCAAACAUGGCCAAGAGCUGGAGGAAGAGCAGGAGGAGUUGGCCGAGCACCAGCCUCUAGAGCAGGAAGACCUGAACUUCGAGAGAUGGAAGCGCAGGCCGUUACCCAAGAGGACGCUCCACCAGAAAAUAGACGACUUGAAGAAAUACCUGUGGAAUGCAGAGACCAACGAAUUCAUGGGUCGCUCUGGAAAGAGCUGGAGCCUCAUCCUUCUCUUCUACGCUGCACUUUAUAUGUUUCUUGCAGCCAUGUUUGGCGGCUGUAUUUUUUGCCUCAUGUGGUCUAUUAGUCCCUACCAUCCAACCUUCAAUGAUAGAGUGAUGCCACCAGGUAUGACGAUGGCCCCACAUCUAGAAGGCCACGACAUCGCCUUUAACGCCUCGGAUCGCAAAUCCUGGAAGAAGUACGCCAGGUCAAUGGAUGAAUAUCUACGACCUUAUAAUGAUGGCGCUCAGGAGAGGAAGAAUGUUCGCUGCACACAGGACAGAUACUUCAUGCAGGAUGACUUGGAGGAGAGUGCAGAGCGGAAAGCGUGUCAGUUUAAGAGGUCCUGGUUGGGGGACUGUUCAGGGCUGCAGGACCCCCACUAUGGCUAUUCUCAGGGAAAGCCAUGCAUCCUCCUACGAAUGAACCGGAUUCUUGGUUACUUACCUGGCCAGGGUAAACCAAUAAAUGUGACUUGUGGAAUUAAGAAAGGACCACCAGAGGCUUUGGGGGAAAUCCAGUUUUUUCCUAAAAGCAUUUUUGACCUAAAGUACUACCCGUACUAUGGGAAGAUCAGACAUGUAAACUACUCUUCGCCGGUGGUGGCUGUGCGUUUUGCAAAUGUGCAAUACGACAGUCACAUCCAAGUACAAUGCAAACUGAAUGGAAAGGGCAUCAUUAAUGAUUCACCCACUGAUCGCUACCUGGGCAGUGUGACCUUCUCCUUGGAGGUCGGAGCGUAAGGCAGGAUGCUCCUGUGACAAUGAGGCCGGAAAAUGUACAAGGAAAAAAAAAUUACGCUGAACCAUUAUUUUCCAUGAAAUAUGUAAUUUCUCCCUCCUCAUCUUUCACUUAAAUAUCCAUGUCUUCUGCUGUGAAACAAAUUCCUCAAGAAGUAGAUAUUUGCUCUUGUGUUUCUGUUGUAUCUGUGUACCUUGAGCGUGCUACUGGCACCUGCACCCACAACAAACAGUGCUGAGCACAGGACGAGUGCGUAGAGUGAGUUACAAUUCAGUUCCUGAUAUUUUGUAAUGAUUAGCAAGAUUAAUCAAACUAAAUUAAACUCUGCCCAAUAGUUAGCAUUUCUGGCUAUGCAAAUCCAAUUAUAACUUAAAACAUUAAUAGGCAAUUAGAUAUAUUGUUUUGUCAGGUUAGAGUAUGUUUUUUUGUGCACAUUUUGUGUGACAAAGUGUACUAAUUUGUUUUGCAUUAUAUUUUUCAAACAUGUAUAUUGUAAGAAUUCAAAGUAUCAUGCAAACACUGAAAGCAGGACUUGUACUGUACUCACACAGUAAAAAAAAGACAUAAUAAAUGACUGCAAAUACACUAUUAGUAUAUUUUUGUUGAAUAUAGCAGAGUUAUACAUUUAUGAUAAAGUAUCACAAGCCACUUCUUGCCUUCUUUUGUAAAAACAUUUGCUUUUGAAAAUGAAAUACUACACAAGACUGAUCAAUAAAGAGACAUACUGUACUGUGAAAUAGUUUGUGAAAGGUCUGUGCCGUUUUAAAAAAGUAGAACUAUUUUGUGGUAGUAUUAAUCCUGCCUGAACAGUGCUACUAAACUUGGUAUCGAUGUUGUAU